AUGGGAAAUCCUAGAAGUGACCUUGAUGAGAGACGUGCGUACAGGGUGCACGAUAACUCGUGGCCCCGUUACGGGAGCAGUGCCUGCAAAGUGAAGACGAUGUCGUUGAUGCGAGUCGAUCCUCGUCACGUCAGUAGACCCUGA